GGCAUUGCACUUGCGAAUGUAAUGGAUGAACUUACAGAGUUUUUUCACGUACAAAUUGGUAUGUUUAGCAACGUAUCAUUGACAAUUUUCGACGAUGAUGAGAAUCCUGUCGAACUUGCUUUAGAGCUUCCCGAUUUCAAUUUACUUAAUGUUUUUACCGACCUUAACGAAGUGGUAACUAUUCAACUUUUUACUAAUGAAUCCGGCGGUGAAUAUGAAAUUUUAGGAAUCAACAAUGAAACGGCAUUAAAAGAAAGUUAUUUUGAUGCCAACCGACGCACUUACAUCUUAACGCAUGGCUUUAUGAGUUCUAGCGACAGCCCAGCAUGCAAUUUAGUUCGAUAUGCUCUGCAGAACACAACAGAUUCGAACAUCAUUACGGUGAAUUGGAGCCCUUUGGCAAAGGGGCUCUAUACAGUAGCCAAAUUAUUCACACCACAAAUAGGAUUAUAG